ACAUUACGCGACGUCAUAACGCAUGGCAACGAAGUUCAAUAUAUAUGCGUAUUGCGCAAACGACCGAACUAAACUUAAUUUCAUGCUAAUUAAUAAAUAAGUAAAAUGGAUAGCUAAAUCAAUGCCACGAGAUUUAUUUUCAAGCCAACGUUGUUCCUCCUAUGGAUCGGGUUCAUAGUAUAAGGCUCUCUCGGAAGAUGGCGCUAGCAUACGUGCCGGGGCAUUGCCAUCUGUGUCAACAGGCAAAUGCCAAGGUCAGGCGACUGAAGUGCGGGCGGCACAACUACUGCCGGAUGUGCGGGGACUUAGAUCCUCGUUUGGUAAAGGGUGACUACUCGUGCAAGAAAUGUAGUGAAAAGCUGACCAAACGCACCGUAGACAGAAGAGCCGCCAUCGACAACUUCCUGUUCGAAAAAGCAGGAUAUGACGUCAAUUAUGAUCAACCAAUGACCGACGAUUUACCUGAACAAACCGACCUCGAUGGCAAUAACAGCGAAUGGGAACAUCUUCUGAAACCGUUUCCGGUCGGCGUCCGGAACUCUCGCCCUGACGAUACUCAAGACCUGCAGCCGAUACCACGCAAGAGUUCAUUCCUACACCUGACUCUGCCGUCUGCUCAACAAGAGUCGUCUCAUUCCAGUCCCAGCCCUGUGCAGCCGACACGUAUCGAGGGAACGGUCACACAGUUGCUUGGCAACGAUAAACCUUCUAAUAAUAGACGGUAUGCUUCAGAGAAAAAGGCGGACAAGGCGUCGAACUCCUCGUCGGCAGGGAGCGACGUAAGCGAAAAGUCGUUGGAAUCGGUAGAAGAUUUACUUCCUUCGAAGCUAACCCCGUGUACCAGUGACAACCAAGUGUGGAAGCCAACAGACUGGUACAACCUUCGUAGGUUCGAACCCAACCCGAGUGAAGUGGAGAGAUGCUCGUCGCCUUGUAAGAGCGUGCGGCCCAGAAGCGCGCCGAGCUGGUGUGAAGAUGUCUUCCCACGAACGGACUCUCAAACUGAAUCGGAGGCCUUGCGGAGCGAGAUUGGUGACAUCGAGGGUCCCGGCUUCUCGGCCUCAAGUUCCCGGUCGGGGUCAGGCUACUCUCUGACGUCAUCGGAUGACGAAUUCCGGAAAAACGUCCUUGAUGACUUCUGGGACUCUUUUGUUUAACUGUAUCUAUAAAAAAGCGCAUGUAUUGUGACUAUUAUUAAGAUGAAUAUUUAGUAAAUUAAAAUGCUAGUAAUAACAUGUU